GCUCAUGCCGAGGAGCUCAUGUGCAGGAGGCUGAGAUCAGAGCUAGACUCUGAGAAAGCUAGCUAGCUAGCUGUACUGAUCUAUCAUGGGCUCCCGGGCCUUCAGAAUGCCAGACCUGUACAUUCUCAUGAAGGAUAUCCAAGGAGAGAAGGCUCCAGGGAAGAUCAUGUCUUUAAUAGAAGGACCAAAAUCUGUUCAAGUGUUACGAGGUGAACUGCUUGCUCUAAUUCCCCCACGACAGAGAUCAGCACGCAGUGAUGGCAAACCACCUCACAACUAUCGGUACACAAAAGACCCCAGUGUCAUGCUGUACGGCGUAAAAAAGGACGUGUCUCCAAUUAAUGGUAGAGAUCUACAGCUUUUGGAAGCUAUUGAAAGGUCUUGGGAUCGAUACGCUGUGUUCUCUGAGGACAGUAGACUGGAAUGGGGGGCCAAGCUGAAGAUAGGUGACCAGGUCUAUGUGAGGCUCCCUGGUGAUACCACAAGUGCACCCACCUGGUCUGCUGGUGUAGUGAGACAUGCUGGACCUGUAGCGCCAUUACCAGGGAGGAACUUUGGAGUGGAGAUUAAGGAUAUACAGUAUCGUGGAAAAGGCAGCAGUGAUGGGUCGUUUAGAGGAUGUCAAUAUUUUCUUUGUGAGGACAACUGUGCUGUGUUUGUGUCUUUGGAUAAGCUAGCGGCUCACUUUGAAAAAGAGAAGCAACGAGAAUUGAUUGAUGCUGAUGUUGAUGCUGAAAGAAAAGUCCACGAAUUGCUUACUGAAGUUGAAGGAGACCUCCAAAGUAUGAAGAUGGCAGAAGACCCACCUCGCUUUAAAGAUGUAGAGAGACAACUCAGAGAAUUUCAAAACAUGGCCCCAGAAGAACUGGAUAUGAACGAUGGUGAAUUGGCUGAGGCCAACCGUCGUCAUGGAGCAGAGAGACAACUCAGAGAAGCUCAACAAAUGGCUCAAAAAGAACUGGCUAUGAAAAAUCAUGAAUUGGCUGAGGCCAAAAGAAGAGAAGCUGACCUGUCCGCUCAAAACACAGCUCUCAGGAGGGAGUUAGAAGGCAAAACGAAAGAGUUGGCAGCACACAACACAGAGGUGUGGAGGAUUCCGGCCAACAGAGUGAACAUUGGUAGGGAAAUUGGCAAAGGAGGGUGGGGGGAGGUGCUGGAGGGAGCAGUGAGCGUGGCCGUCAAGCGACUACACAAAGAAAUUGCCUACCCAAUUCAUAUUGAAAAAAUGGAGAGAGAAAUGAAGCUAUUGGCUGAAGUGCGACACCCAAACCUUGUGCAAUUCAUUGGUGCUGUGUUUGAUGAGCGGAACAAUAAAUCCCCUCCUACCCUCAUCACCGAGCUUCUGGACAUAAAUCUCCGACAAGCGUACGAGAGGAAUCAACUGAACCCAGGAAACCGCCUCUCGAUCUUCAUGGACAUUGCCCUAGCUCUGAACUACCUGCACCAGCGCUACGAUCCCAUUAUCCACCGUGAUGUGAGUGCUCCCAACGUCCUCCUCCAGCGAAUGCCCAAUCACCAGUGGAAGGGGAAGGUCUCUGACCUCGGCUCAGCCAACUUCCUGCAGCAUGCUCACACAAAAGGUGAAGGAUGUAUUCUUUAUUCUGCCCCUGAAGUGAUACCUCGAGCUUACAAUCCAAAACAAGAGCAAAUUCCACAAACAACUAAGAUUGAUGUGUACAGCUUCGGUGUUUUGUUAUGUGAGGUCAUCACUAGCACAUUUCCAGCAGUAAAAAAUUACUGGAGCAUGCUUAAAGAAGUCGAAAAAGACUAUCCACAAUUCCACGAUCUGAUUGCUAACUGCACUCAAGAGAGCCCCGACAACCGACCAACUAUGGCUCAAGUUCUGAACAUGUUAGAAGAUGACAAAAUGCCUAAAAUUUAGCUAGUUAAGAAUUAAGAUUUAGUGUACCCGACCUAUAAUACAUUGUCAAGAAAGUUGUAGACAA